CUCUGAGCGGCAGGAAGUAAACAGGAACAAUAACUGAGCCGGUGAUAAUACAGCUAAUACACCUCUGAAUCAGCGUCAGUGACGAUGGAGGAAUAUAACUCUGGAGAUGAGGUUGUCUUCAACGCUGAUGAGGUCCAUAUCUCAGUCAAAGAGUGUAUUGAAGGUGUCAUCGGUGGAACAGAUUACAACCAGAGUAAAGUGAACCAGUGGACGGCCAGUAUAGUGGAGCACUGUCUGACUCACCUGGUGAAACAGGGACGGCCAUUCAAAUACAUAGUAAACUGUGCGAUCAUGCAGAAGAGCGGCGCUGGUCUCCACACAGCCAACUCCUGCUACUGGGACACCGCCACUGAUGGGAGCUCCACAGUGAGGUGGGAGAAUCGCACCAUGUACUGUGUGGUCAGUGUGUUUGCUGUUGCCGUGGCACUGUGAGCCGCUGUCUCUCUCUCCUCACAUCUUUAUAUCUGAAGCUUGAAACGGUGCCGUGACCAAGAAGCCAUGACGAUCCUCUGAUGAUACCCCUCUGUAUGUACCAGUAGCUUAUUUCUCUCCUCAGGCUCGAACAACACAACGUCAGUAAGAGCUUGUGAGGCGACAGCCUGCUGUUAGUGUGAGAAAAUGCUGCUUUGUAGGGACCAAGGCCAGAAUUCAACCCUGAAGCAGAACAUGGUAAAAGAAGUUACAUCUCAAACAUCACAUGCUCUUUGGUCCGCAGAUGUUCAGAAGUGAAAACUCAUUUUUUUCUCCAUAUGCCCCAGGUGUUGUAAUCUGUGCAUAAUGUAAAACUUGAUUAGUUUUUUUGCCAUGCUAACGGCAAGACUUUGGGGCUGGCAGUGUGUCUGUCCAGACUGAAGCUUCUCAACUAUUGGAUGGUUUGUCAUAAAAUUUGUGACACACAUUGAAGCCCCUGGCAGUAUAGGUUAUAGUAAAUUUGGUGAUCCAGCAUUUUGGUUUAUGAUCAAAUACCUGCAGAUCUAACAUCAUUCCCAGCAGCCUCAGCUGUACUUUGUGUUAGCAUGCUAACACGCUAAACUAAGAUGGUGUACAUGGUAGUCAUUGUAGCUGCUAAACAUAAGCAUGUUAGCCUUGACAUUAGCAUUUAGCUCAAAGCACUGCAGUGUCUAAGUACAGCCUCACAGAGCUGCUAGCAUGGCUGUUGUCUUUAUUUGUCUCCUUCAGUACAUUCCCAAAUAAAACAGUUGAUGUAGUUUGGUAUUUAGGAAAAGUCUGACUGUUUUAGUAUCUACCUGACUACUUGUAUAAAGUGUCUCUAAUAGUCGACAUUAAUGUUUUAAUGACUGGUCUGUAUCUGUGCAGAUGUGAAAGUGUGUAUUUCCAGGAUGUUGGAGUUUAAUGUUAAGAACUGUUGAGACUAAUGCACUUUUUCUACCUUUUCUUCUGUAGAAAUCCUUGAAUUGUUCUGUAAGACUGAGUUCAUGAAGGUUGUUUAAUAAAUUAAUUUAUUGGAACAUAAAUA